AAAAAUUAGACAACCCUCCCCUAUUGAGCAAGAGAGGCUCUGGAAAUCAACAUUUGCAAAUUUACUGGAAACAGUGCUUAUGCCUGCAACCUUCGCCACUCCUCCUGCUAUAUAGGCUUUUUUUACCUACACCUUUCCUCACAAACGAAACGUAUCUUCGGCUCUCUCUUUUUCGUUUGCCCGAGAAGCUUUGUGUAUUGUUUAAUACUAAGCUAAAUAAGUUCUACUCGCUUGCCAUGGCUCAACCACCAUCGUUUCAACCAGAGUUUGUCCCAUUGAAAGGAAAUGAGUAUAUGCGUCGUGAAGACCCUCAUAGAGCGUCCAAGUUCGAACAUACCGCCGUCUUGGGACUGCCCCAGCCCGUUGUGCCUCAGCCCAGGGAUCACAUUAUCUGGUCAAUUUGCAGCCUCGUGUACGGCAACCCAUGCUGUCUCGGAAUGUUAGCGGUGUAUUUCUCCAUAAAGUCCAGGGAUAGGAAGAUGGUUGGAGACUUGGAGGGAGCAAGACAACACGGGAAGACUGCACGCAGCUAUAAUGUUGUGACCCUGACCCUGUUAAUCGCCGGGCUGCUCUCCUGCCUCAUCACCUAUGGUAUCGUCUACCAAAUUGCACACUGAGUAGUUCCAAUCUUUGCUUUUGUAAAACGUGUUCAUUUGGAGCCUAGCCAGAUGUUACACACCUCUCUAGGAUUGUGUCCUGAUACAUUUCGGCUCAUCUCUUAAACACACACCACAGAAGUUCCUUCAGCCCUGUGUACCAGAGCUUAUUUGGACUUUAGUUUUUUGUUUUAAGGAUACAAGAUGAUUCUGCUGAAGUUCCAUUCAAAUGUUAUUUUUUAUCAAUAAUUUUUUUUAAAUUGUAAAUGCAUUACAUUUGAGUUUUUAUAGCUGUUAAUGGAUGUUAACUGUUUCUGUGAGACUCAUAAUAUAUAGAUAUACAGUCACUUAACAAGAAAAAAAUGCAAAUGGCUAUGUAUCUAUUUGGCAUAACAGAACUUGGCUCUGUCUGCAAUUAAACUGUUUACUUAAUCUGAGGGCCAUGAACAUGGGUGGCAGGUAUUCUAGUGGUUAGAGCGUUGGACUUGUAACCGAAAGGUUGCUAGAUCGAAUCCCUGAGCUGACAAGGUAAAAAUCAGUCGUUCUGCCCCUGAACAAGGCAGUUAACCCACUGUUCCUAGGCCGUCAUUGAAAAUAAGAAUUUGUUCUAAACUCACUUGCCUAGUUAAAUAAAGGUUAAAAACAACCCCAAGAAUGAACUGUAUUAUGUAUUUUUUUUUACUUAUUACUCUGAUAAAAAUUGUAAA